AUUUAGGGUAGGUUGAUUAAAGGCUCAAGAGAAGCAUUGGUGUUGAGAUUAAAACUGCAUCAAUUACCCUUUAGCAUAUUGUGGUUUGGGUCUGAGGCGUUUUAAAGUCCAGCCAUCAUUUUGGUUAAGAUUUCGGAUUGUUUUGUUUGCUUUUUUCCCCAAUCAAGAAAGCUGAAGAUUUCCGAAAUAAUGUCUUCAAACGAAGACAGAGCCAAGGAGAUUCUGAAAGGGUUUAAAUUGAAUUGGAUGAAUUUACGGGACGCAGAGUCCGGGAAGGUUCUCUGGCAGGGCACGGAAGACCUCUCUCUACCUGGGGUGGAACAUGAAGCUCGCGUUCCCAAAAAGAUCUUGAAGUGCAAAGCCGUGUCCCGAGAGCUGAAUUUCUCCUCCAUGGAAAAGCUGGAAAAGUUCAGACUUGAACAAAAGGUUUUUUUCAAGGGCCAGUGUCUAGAAGAAUGGUUCUUUGAGUUCGGCUUUGUGAUUCCCAACUCCACAAACACAUGGCAGUCCUUGAUAGAGGCGGCUCCAGAGUCCCAGAUGAUGCCCGCAAACGUUUUAACCGGUAAUGUGGUGAUAGAGACCAAGUUUUACGACGAAGAGCUCCUCGUAAGCACUUCCCGAGUACGACUGUUCUACGUCUGAAAGCGAACACAUUUCAAUUAUUAUAAUUUUUUUAUUUUAAUUUUUUUUUUUUUUUUUAAGGGGAAAAGAACAAGUCUCUCAUAGCUACAAGACUUUCAUAUGGUCAGAGAGGACCAUCCAUGAAAAGUAGAUUUUUUUCUGUUACUGCGACCAAGUUACUCGAAAGAAAACGACACCAGAAGCCAAGAAACCAUUCGUGGCAAGUUCUGAAGUUCUCAUCAGCUCUCUGUGAACAAAGACUUUGUAUAUAUGAGCACUGUGGCUCCUUGCAUCCUACCUUGUAAAUUAUUUAACUGUACAUUUCCCCUUUUGCUCCAAAGUCUCCGCUUGCAAUGUACACUGCUUCAUUGUCGGCCUGUAUUUUUAAAAUAUUUGCUUCCAGUUCUUGAAGUUGUGGAUGUUAUUUUUUGGUUCCUUUGUUUGUUUUUUUGCCCUUAGCUGUAACUAAACUGUAAAAUAGGUUGUGUUUAAUACUGAAUGUAAGUAUGAAUUAAAAUAUUCAUAGCCACCAA